AAAUCCCUAGAACAGUAUACUUGACAAUCAUAAUACGACGUGACGUAUGCUUGACAGUAUAUUAUCGCGUUAUUUGUUUCCAAAUAUAAAAAUAUCUGAACAGUCAAAACGAAGUCAAAAUGAAGUUAACAAUUGUAUCAGUUCAAGUGUAUUUAGAUGAGAAUGAAAUAAUAUAUUUAAUUAAUUUUAUAAAAAGAUAUUGGACUGAUGUAACCUAGAUUAUACUUUUGAUUACAUUCAAUUCCAUUUCUAACAUAUAAAGAAAAAAAUAACACUGUGUCGCUGACCCCACCUAAUUUUAUACUUAAUAGAAUCGAGUUCGUAGAUUAAUAGUAAAAUCUUCACACAUGCAUCGACGUAAGGAGUAAAUAGUAAAUACUAAUAAUAUCAUUUUUUUUCAUCGCUACGGCUUACAUCUUUAAUUAAAAUACGUAGAGGAGAAUAGUCGACUCUGAUUGGUAGAUCUCUUAACGUAGAAGUUGAAGAGGUUAGUUUUGGUCGUAACCUAUAAGAAUAAGGAAUAAGUUUAUUGAUUAACGUGAUGUCAUUAUUUCGAAGUAAAACAUUUCGCUAUGGUGUUCCAUUCAUAAUUUUAGUCGUCGGUGGAUCGUUUGGACUCAAAGAGUUUACACAAAUAAGAUAUAUAUACAGACAGCGACGGGCUUAUUACCAUGAAGCAAAACGAUUAGGUAUUGAAGUAAAAAAACCAGGAGAAGUUACUUUAGAUUCUGAAUUUGAAAAAAUUAAAGAGCUGGAUAUCGAUAAUUGGAAAAAUGUAAGAAUAUCAAGACCUUGGGAGGAAUAGAUACAAAAUAAAUUAUUUCCUAUAAAAUAUACAAGAGUAGAUGUACUUAUGGUAGUGCUAUUAAUAUAGAAUUUAAAUAAUGCCUAUAACAAUAUAAUGCAAUUUUUUUUUUCAGACAUGCAUAACAAUAUUUUUCUAAAUAUUCAUUCAAUAUAUAUAUAUAUAGUUCAGAUUUAAUUUAUUUAAUUCUAACUUCAGUACUUCAACUUUGCUCUGUAAAAUAUAAUAUAGAACUUUUUAUAAAUAUAUAACAUGUAAAUAAUUA